AUGUGAGACAAACGUGAAAACGUGGGUAAGCACGGAAGUCGUCAGUCCUCACACCGGACGUUGGUUGACGUCAUCCGGGAGAUAGUUCCUGGUUGUUUUUUUCUUUAGCUUUCAGUCGAUCGCUCGCUUUUACUCCAAUAAACCGGUUGCCAUCUGGAGCCUGCUGCCCUUUGUUGGGAAAACAUUUCUUGUGCCAACGGUUUGCCCGAGAGAAACCAGUGGUCUGUUUGUCAUCAGUUUCCGGUGUGUGUCUGUGCCUCUGGUAACACUGAACAGGAAGACAGACGCAGAGAGACGUCUGAGCAGAGAGAGGAAACGGCUGCGGCUUCUUCGUCGGCCUCAGUAUGACUGAGUUCUGGGUUUGCUUCAGCUGCUGCAUUGCAGAGCAGCCACAACCUAAACGGCGACGACGGAUCGACCGCUCCAUGAUCGGCGAGCCAACAAACUUUGUUCACACCACACACGUAGGCUCGGGGGACAUGGGCCUGGGUUUGGCAUCGGUGGACCUUGUCCAGGCCCAGAUGAAAUCUAAAGGCGGCUACGUGCACGGAGGAUCCGAAGGCUCUCAGUUGUAACAAGCCCUUCACAGUCUUGUGGAAACUACUGUUGUUGAUAUGAGGAAGCAUUUUCAAAAAGCAGUUCUGUCUGUAAAGGACGCAGGACCAAAAGACGAAACUACUGCUUUUCCAUAAUGUUGUAUAUAUUUUUAUUUUCCAUUCCUUUUUUUAAUGAAAGCACUGCUAUCCGUUUGCUGCCAUACUGUUGCACUGUAUUGAGUAACUGUUAAGAAUAGAUCAGAGGGUUUAGAAAGCUCAUAGUCUCAUUCAGACGUAUGCUUGUGUGUAUGCAUGAGGAAAAUAUUUUCAAAAAUGUUUGCUGUUGUAGCCCAUUUGGAUGCCUGUAUUUAUUAUCUGAUUUGUAAACGGACCUCAUGGUGGCUGGGCCACACUGGAGAUUUGGGACAUUCAGUUUCCUUCUUUAUUCUCAGAGGUUUAUCAAAGGACAGGUCGAGGUAGCAAGGCAAAAAGCUAUAUGUUCAUUGUUUUGUUCUGAGAAGUACUCAUGAUUCUUUGAGUUGCUUUCAGGGUUUAAGAUUGCUGUCUUGUAAUAAACUUGAAAUGAGUAGAGUACACUGGAUCAAACAUUGUACACUCACACUUGCUUAGGAAUUUCGCAUUGAUUUCAACUGUUUAUUUUUUUUAUACUCAUUUAGAUUGAACCAUAUAGAAUUUUAAUAAACUAUGAACUUCAUAUAA